UCAUGGAGGCUUUGCAGGCUGGCGCUGAUAUCUCCAUGAUAGGCCAGUUUGGUGUCGGGUUUUAUUCAGCCUAUUUGGUGGCUGAGAAAGUGACCGUUAUCACCAAACAUAACGAUGACGAGCAGUACGCCUGGGAGUCUUCUGCAGGAGGAUCCUUCACAGUGAGGACUGAUACAGGAGAACCUAUGGGGCGUGGAACAAAGGUUAUUCUGCAUCUGAAAGAAGACCAGACUGAGUACCUGGAGGAACGGAGAAUAAAGGAGAUUGUGAAGAAGCAUUCUCAGUUCAUUGGCUAUCCCAUCACUCUUUUUGUGGAGAAGGAACGUGAACAACUAUUUAUUCCCCUACACAGUAUUGGGCAUAGAGCAAAUACUCAAUUUGUUCAAGAAAAAUUAGCAUCUGUUGGUUAUAUCUAA